GGCUUUCACCGCUUCAUGCAAACUGCAAAGCACUUCAACUAUACAGUGAAGGUUCUUGGUAAAGGUGAAGAGUGGAAAGGUGGAAAGUUAAUUAACUCUAUUGGAGGAGGACAGAAAGUGCGAUUGCUGAAAGAAGGAAUAGAAAGCUAUGCUGAUCAAGAGGACUUGGUUGUAAUGUUUGUUGAAUGCUAUGAUGUUAUCUUUGCGGGUGGCCCUGAAGAGAUGCUAAAGAAGUUCCAGCAAGCUAACCAUAAAGUAGUAUUUGCUGCAGAUGGACUAAUAUGGCCCGAUAAAAGAUUAGCAGACAAGUAUCCCGUUGUCCGGAGUGGAAAACGAUUCCUUAAUUCAGGAGGAUUUAUUGGUUAUGCUCCUUAUAUAAACCAAAUAGUACAGCAAUGGAACCUGCAGGAUAAUGAUGAUGACCAGCUGUUUUAUACCAAAAUCUAUAUUGACCCACUGCAGAGGGCACGUAUUAACAUUACUUUGGACCACAAGUGCAGAAUUUUCCAGACCCUGAAUGGAGCUGUUGAUGAAGUUCUUCUGAAAUUUGAAGAAGGAAGAGUAAGAGCUAGGAAUUCAGUGUAUGAGACGCUGCCCAUCACUCUGCAUGGAAAUGGCCCCACUAAAAUUUACCUCAGUUACUUUGGAAAUUAUAUCCCUAAUGCUUGGACACGUGAAACUGGAUGUGGUGUUUGUGAUUUAGAUGUACUAGACCUAUCAACGGUUACAGAACAUCCAAGGGUUACAAUUGGUGUUUUCAUUGAACAACCAACUCCUUUCCUACCUAAAUUUUUAGACAGACUGUUGACUCUGGAUUACCCAAAGGAACAACUUAGUAUCUUCAUUCAUAAUAAUGAGGUUUAUCAUGAAAAGCACAUCAAGAAAUUUUGGGAGAAAGCCAAGAAGGCUAUCAGAAGUAUAAAAAUUGUUGGACCUGAGGAGAACCUGAGUCAAGCAGAAGCCAGGAACAUGGGAAUGGACCUUUGUCGCCAGAAUAAAGCAUGUGACUAUUACUUCAGCAUAGAUGCGGAUGUUGUGCUGACAAACCCGAAGACUUUAAGACUUCUGAUAGAGCAAAACAGAAAGAUAAUUGCCCCACUUGUAACUCGCCAUGGGAAGCUAUGGUCCAACUUUUGGGGUGCUUUGAGCCCUGAUGGCUAUUAUGCUCGCUCAGAAGAUUAUGUGGAUAUUGUCCAAGGGAACAGAGUAGGAGUCUGGAAUAUCCCUUAUAUGGCUAAUAUAUACUUAAUUAAAGGACAGACUCUCAGAUCAGAGAUGAGAGAGAGAAACUAUUUUGUUCGUGAUAAGUUGGAUCCUGAUAUGGCACUCUGCAGGAAUGCCAGGGAAAUGAGUUUACAAAGGGAAAAAGGCUCCCCUUCUUCGGAAACAUUCCAUAUGCUCAGACCCCCAAAGGGUGUCUUUAUGUACAUUACCAACAGACAUGACUUUGGGAGACUUAUUUCAACUGCCAACUACAAUACCUCCCACUACAACAAUGAUCUCUGGCAGAUUUUUGAAAAUCCUGUGGACUGGAAGGAAACCUAUAUAAAUCCCAACUACUCAAAGAUCUUCACUGAAAAUCUAGUGGAACAGCCAUGCCCCGAUGUGUAUUGGUUUCCCAUAUUUUCGGAGACUGCCUGUGAUGAACUGGUAGAGGAAAUGGAACAUUAUGGACAAUGGUCUGGAGGAAAACAUCGUGAUAGUCGUAUAUCUGGAGGUUAUGAAAAUGUCCCAACUGAUGAUAUUCACAUGAAGCAAAUCGGGCUGGAUGGUGAAUGGCUACAUUUCAUUAGAGAGUUCAUUGCACCAGUAACACUAAAAGUCUUUGCUGGCUAUUAUACAAAGGGACAUGCCAUGCUGAAUUUUGUCGUAAAAUACACUACAGACAGACAGCGUUCCCUCAGACCUCAUCAUGACUCCUCUACGUUUACCAUCAACAUUGCUCUCAACAAAGUAGGAAAAGAUUUUCAGGGAGGUGGAUGUAAAUUUAUUAGGUACAACUGUUCCAUUGAGUCACCCAGGAAAGGAUGGAGCUUCAUGCAUCCAGGAAGACUCACUCAUUUACAUGAAGGACUUCCCAUUUUAAAUGGAACAAGAUACAUUGCAGUAUCGUUUAUCGAUCCCUAA